AUGGCGGCACAGGGAUGGGGGCAACGUAGGGACGGUGGCGGCAGGGGAACCAUCGCAAUGAGGGAAGAAGAGGGCAGGUGGCGGUGCGGGGACGAUGGAUCUGAUGGGGAAAAAGGGAGGAGGCAGCGGGGACAACAGAUCUGGCACGAAAAUGGUGGGGGAACUACCGUGGCGGGAGAAGAAGAGAGGAGGUGGGGGCAUGGAGAUGACAGAUCCGGUGGGGGAAGAAGGGGGGAGGCGGUGGGGAUGGCGGAUUUGGUGGGGGAAGAAGGGGGAGGUGGUGGGGAUGGCAGAUUUGAAGGAGGAAGAAGGGGGAGGCAACGGCGGAAGUGA